AUGUUGGUUCUACGCAGUCUGGCGACAGCAAUAGCUGUUCUGCCAUUUGUCUUGUCCAUUACGCCAGAGCAGAUGCUCGCUGCGCCACGACGCGGUGAAUUGGUCCCAAACCCGUCAGGACAACUAGGUGUAUUUAGUGCAACUAGCUAUUCAUGGGAGACCCAUGGGGCAGAGACUGUGUGGCAGCUAAUGAAUCUCACCACUGGUGAAACUUCUCUACUAUACAACGGUUCCGAUAUCUCGGAGAUUGUCUGGGUUGGGCAGUCCGACACGAGCAUUCUCUACAUUAACGGCACCAACGAAGAAGACAAUGGCGGCAUCAGCCUGUAUGCUGGUGACAUAAACGCCAUCGAUGAAGCGUAUCUAAUCGCAUCACUUCCAGCGCCAUAUUCUGGGCUCAAGGCGGUGGUAACCCCUUCCGGAAACAUAAACUUCCUCUUGAGUUGCCUGGCAUGGCCAAAUGGAACGGCUUACAACGAGGAGCUGGCCGAAGAGCCGCUGAGUUCAGCAAGAAUCUACACGAGCAUCUAUGUCCGCCAUUGGGACACUUGGCUUACUGAAAGGAGAAAUGCCGUGUUCGCUGGCACGCUGACCGGGGUGGAUAGGUAUUCUCUGGGCGGAAGCCUGAAGAACCUUGUAACAGGCCUUGCCAAUGUUACUCGGGCUGAAAGUCCCGUCCAGCCUUUUGGUGAUUCUGGCGACUACGAUAUUACGCCGGACGGAUCCACGGUCGCUUUCUUGACGAAGAACAUUGAUUUGCCGUUGUCAAACUAUACAUCCUCUCAGAUCUAUCUUGUUCCUCACAAUGGUUCAUCUUUGCCCGUACCGAUCAAUGCCUUUUCUGGAAGUUCGACACCUCCAAACGCCAAAGGGGCUUCGGCGAGGCCGAUGUUUUCUCCAGAUGGCACAAAGAUCGCAUAUUUCCAGAUGGACGGGAUUUCCUAUGAAUCCGACAAGAACAAGAUCUACGUCGCCAAUGUCAAUACCAGUAAUUUCAAUAUCACCAGCCUAGCAGAGGACUGGGAUAGCACUCCCGAUCAACUUAGAUGGUCUGCCGAUGGCACUUCCCUUUUUGUCGCAGCACCUGAUCUGGGUAACGAACGUUUGUUCCAAGUUCCGCUCACGGCUGGACCAGGGUUCAAGCCCACAAAUAUCACCAAUGCUGGUGUCGUUGCUUCGUUUUACGUGUUGCCGAACGGGAACCUUUUGGUGUCAGACUCCAAGAUAUGGUCUUCCCGUGACUUCUACAUCAUUGGUCCCCGGGGCAGGCUUGUUACCGACCUCUUCCGGUCGAACCAGGUCGACCCCGAACUCGCAGGGCUGGGACCGACGGACGUCUCCGAGUUUUACACCCUGGGCAGCUUCACUCGGGUACAGAGCUGGGUCAUCUACCCCGAAGGGUUUAACCGGAGCAGGAAAUACCCUUUGGCAUUCAUUGUCCAUGGCGGUCCACAAGGUGGACACUACAACUCUUGGAGCACCAGAUGGAAUUUCAAGGUGUGGGCGGACCAAGGCUACGUGGUCGUGGCGCCGAAUCCGACCGGAAGCACUGGCUGGGGAAUGGCUUUGCAGGAUGCAAUCCAAGGAAAUUGGGGCAGUCUCCCGUAUGAGGACCUCGUUGCUGUGUGGGAGCAUGUCAACAGCACAUUUGACUAUAUCGAUACCCAGAAUGGAAUCGAAGCCGGAGCCUCGUACGGCGGCUACAUGACAAACUGGAUCCAAGGUCACGAAUUUGGCAGGAGAUUCAAAGCCCUCGUUACGCAUGACGGGAUGGUCAAUACGGUAGCUUCCUACUCGACUGAAGAGCUGUGGUUUAUGCAACAUGAUAUGAAUGGCACUCUGUGGGCCAACCGAAAUGAAUAUGAUGAGUGGAAUCCCAUCAACCACGUCGACAAGUGGGCGACGCCACAUUUUGUGGUGCACAAUGAGCUGGACUACCGACUGCCCAUCGCCGAAGGGAUCACGCUCUUCAACCUGUUGCAGGAGAGGGGCGUUCCGAGCAAGUUUCUGAGCUUCCCCGAUGAGAAUCAUUGGGUCCUCAACCGGGAGAACAGCCUCGUUUGGCACCGGGAGAUUUUCGCGUGGAUUAACCACUACUCCGGCAUCAGUACGUCGGGCAUGUGA